AUGAGCGCUGCAGACCCGGCGGCGGCGCUGCCGACAGAAGAGCCGCAGAACGACGCACCUGUUGCGGAGGCUGGCGGGACGGACGUCAAGCCAGAGGCGCAGCAUGCUCCAAAGGUCCACGGUGGCGUAGACGCGGCCAAGUCAGCCCCGGAUGCGACCGGGGGGUGCGACGACGCAGCAGCUGGGACCGCGACGGACAAGGGCGCUCCUGGCGACGCACCCGGCGCCCCCGCGGGCGGUGGAGGCACGGAGGCUGCGCCGUGCACGGUCAAGGCCGAGGGCGAGGAGGCUGGCGACGGGAACAACCCGUUCAAGAAGCGCAAAGUGGCGCUGUUCAUGGCGUACGUGGGCGCCGGGUACAACGGCAUGCAGCGGAAUCCGGGCGCGAAGACGAUCGAGGGCGAUCUCGAGAAGGCGAUCGUGGCGGCGGGCGGCAUCACGGAGCAGAACGCGGGGGACUUUUCGAAGACGGGGUGGAUGCGGGCAGCUCGGACGGACAAGGGCGUGUCCGCGGUGGGCAACGUGGUCUCGCUGAAGAUGAUCACCGAGGUGGCGGGGGGGCAGGGCACGAUGGUCGACGCGAUCAACGCGCAGCUCCCCAAGGCCAUCCGCGUGUUUGGGUUCGUGCGGACCACGCAGGGCUUCGACGCGCGGAAGGCCUGCGACAAGAGGAGGUACGAGUACGUGCUGCCGGCGUAUGCGUUCGACCCCACGUGUCUGGGUCCGCCGAAGGAUCCGGCGAAGGUCCCGGAGUUCGGCAACGACGAGAUGGCGCGCAUGGAGGCCAUCCUGGCGCAGUUCGAGGGCACGCACAACUUCGUGAACUUCACGAUCAAGAUGGAGCCGAACGACCCGUCCGCGCGGCGGUUCAUCGUCCGGUUCCGGUGCAAAGACGUCAUCGACAUCGAUGGCGUCCCGCACGUGCGCCUGGAGAUCAUCGGGCAGUCGUUCAUGCUGCACCAGAUCCGCAAGAUGGUGGGCACGGCGCUGGCGGUGUUCCGCGGCGUGGCGCCGGAGGACGCGAUCACGCUCGCGCUGCACCCGGGGCGCGCGGUCAACACUCCGAUGGCGCCCGCGGUCGGCCUGCUCCUGGACGAGUGCAUCUUCGAGGCGUACAACGAGCGGUGGGCGGGCGCCGAGGGCCGCGGGCGCGUCACCUUCGAGCCCUACUUCGACGCGAAGGAGGCGUUCAAGCGCGAGAUGGUGUACCCGCAGGUGGUGCUGGAGGACGACCUCGGGGACGUGGUGCCGUCGUUCCUGCGGUCGCUGACCGAGGAGACGUACAGCUUCAACACCUGGAAGGACAUCACUCCGGCGCACAUCAAGAUGCACCACGUGUCGGCGUCGUCGACGCGAAACCACAACGCAAAGAGGCGUAGGGAGGAGGGCGAGGGUGGCGAGGACGGGGAUGGCGACGAAGACGGGGGCGGCGAGGGGGGGCGGAAGAAGUUCGUGUGA